AGGCAGGAGGCGCGGCACACGAGAAAACGGCCAAGCCCGCGCGGCGGCGGGAGCGACCACGGCCCUCGUGCUGCCCUGCCGGCUGCCACACGGCAUCCACGCCACGGCCGCGCACGUACGUCGCGCGCCGCCUUCCGCCCGCACUCCACGCAACCAAAAUCAAAACCCGCGCCCAAACCACGCGACACCGCGAAGCGAGCCCGGCGAAAAAAAGAAGACCAGACACCAAGGAGGCGAAGCGAAGCAAUCACCCGACCAACCCGGCCGGGCGGCAUGGUGUUCAGCGCCGCGAUCCUGGCGGUGGCGGCGCGCGCGCCGGCGGAGCUGUGCCAGAGCCCGCCGCGCCCGGGGCGGCGGCGGCUGCGCGCGGACGAGGUCCUGCGCGCGCUCUUCCUGCCGCCCGCGCGGGAGCUCGGGCGCCUGGGGGACUUCCUCUUCGCCUUCUUCUGCCUCCCGCUGCCGGAGUACUACGUGCCCGGGUCCGGCCGCGGCGGCGGGUGGGUGGCGCGGGCGCCGGUGCUGUAUACCUACCGGAGGUCGCUCUCGGUCGCCUCCUCGUCCUUCUCGUCGUCGUCCAUGUCCUCGUCGGAGGAGGAUUGAUUGCCCGGAGGAAUGGAGGAAUAGGAAAUUGUACAGGUUGCUAUGCAAUGGAUUUGUAGUUGGUUUGUUCUUUUGCAUAAUCGAUUUGGUGUGGUGGAAUUCGAUUAGGUUUGUUCAAUUCCUUUUCUCCCUUUGUAUGUACCGAUUUUUUUCCCCCGAAAAUAAGCAUUCAAUGUCCUUGUGCUAGAAGUUGAA